AUGGCUCGAUAUUUAUUAUUGAUAUUUAUUAUUGCCUUGUGCAAUAUAACAAAGAAAACAUCAAUAGUAGUCAAUGCUAAAUUUUUUGAAUAUGAAUUACCCAAUAGAACAGUAACAAUAUGUCCCACUCAUUCAUUAAUUUCAAUUGAAUGUCCACAACAUCCAUCAUUAGAUAAUCAAAAAUGGCAAUCAAAUGUUCCACAAUAUCUUAUCUCUAUUGAUUAUAUUCGUUCAUUUCCAUCGCGUCUUGGUCAUGAUCCAAGUUCUUGUCAACCUGAUUUAUCUCAUGCUUGUAAUAAUUAUGAUUUACGUUAUAUAAAUACAUUAUGUAAUGGAAAACCACAAUGUUCUGAUAUUCCUGCUUAUCAAAUACGUGAUCGAAGUUUAUGCGCAUUUAAAGCAGUUACAAAUAUUGGUUUUCAUUGUGUACCAACAUGGAAUCUACGUGAAAUACAAACAAAAUGUGACAUAUGUAAAAAUGGUUCAUUAACAAAUGAUUAUGGUUUUAUUUAUUCAAGAAAUUAUCCAUCAGACACAAUACGUGUACCAUGUUUUACAACAAUUUAUGCACGACCAUAUCAUAAAACAGUACUUUAUUUUGUUAAUGGACAAUUAAAUCAUGAUCAAUUAAAAAUUGAAAGUGUUUCAUCUGAAGGUGUUACACUGUUAAAUGCAACUUUAAAUGGAAAUCAAACAACACAAAGAUUAGCAGUAUCAACAUAUGAAAUGAAAAUAACAUUUAUACCAGGAAUGAUUUAUUCAUAUCAUUCAACUAAUUAUUUACUUUAUUUUUAUACAAUACCUGUUUGUUCAUAUAUUGAUCCAUGUCCAACUGGUUCACCAUUAUUAACAACAACAUCUAUUGUUAUACCAGAAACAACAAGUCGAAUGCGAUUUCAAUCAGUUGGAUGGACAAAAGUGCCGAAUAUUUGGAUUGUUAUUCCAAUUAUCUUAGCCUACAUACUUCUUUUACUUGUCAUCAUCGUUUUAGCUCUUUUGUUUCAUCGACGACGUAAACAACAAAAAGCAUUGAACAGUGUUACAACUAAAGAUUUAUCAUCUCGUUAUUUAGAAACAAGUGGUACUUCUAGUCGUGCUCAACUUGUUACACCAUUACCACCUCCGAUUGGUAAUAAUACUGGAAUAGAUACUCAUCGUCGUGCAAGUACAUCACAAAGUAUUCAUUAUCCUUUAUCAACUACUUCAUUUGCACAAAAUAUGGAAAGAUAUCAUCGUGAAAGUCGUAGUGAUUUUGAUCUUCAUCAUAGUACUAUGAAUGACAUUGAUUAUGGUUAUCAUGCAUCUAUACCUUCUCGUAGUCGUGCUAUAAUGACAAAUGGUAUUCAUCGUCCAUAUGGUACAAUAGAUUAUUCUUCAAUAAAUAAUAAUAUUCAUCGUCGUUGUUCAUUACCAAAAUCUUUUUCUGAUUGUAAUUUAUGUAAACAACAAGUUUUUUCUGAAGAAUAUCAACAUUAUUAUGAUGAAGAAGGUGAUAAUUGGCAUUUGGAAGAUAGUAAAGAACGACAAGUAGAACCAAGAACUUAUCGAGAAAAAAUUAAAGAACGUUUUCGUGAACGUUUAACAGUACGUAAAAUUCCUGAUACUGAUAUAUUACCACCUCCAACAACUACAACUGUUGAAUAUUCAACUGUUUUACCACGCCAUCAAAGAAUCGGAAGUCAAUCAAAUCGUUCCAAUGGACAAGUUCAUCAUUUACCAUUUCAAUAUAUUCCAAAUGAAAAUUCGAAAAAUGUUCGUACAGUUGAAUAUAAACGAAAUUCAAGUCAAGAACAUGUUGCUGUUGGAAAUAAUCAACAACCUACAAUAAAUGAUGAAAAUGGUACAACUAAUUUUACUGUUAAAUUUUAUGAACGUGAUGAUGAUGAUACUGAAAAUCAACUUGAUCGUUGUUUACAUGAAGCGCGAGAAGUUCAAGAAAUGUCAAUGAGAAUGAGUGAACAACAACAACAACAACAUUUUAAUCGAUAUCAAUAUCAACAUCAACAACAAAGACGCUGUACUGGAAAUGCCGAUAUUUAA